AUGACCUACCAACUCGAUAUCCCGCCAGACCUUACUGGUCCUGACAUUACUUUCAUAUACCAAAAUCUAGAUGCCCAAUUGAACACGGGGAUCCUCUAUGCUCUCUUACAUGGCAUCUACACUGGCAUAGUUGCCGUCAGCCUAUGGAAUAUCUUCACUUGUGAAUCCCGACCUAUUGGACGGCAGAUCAUGGUCGUGGCUAUCAUCCUCCUCUUCGUCGUCACUACCAUCACUGUCGGUUUCAAUUGGUCUUAUAUCAACUCUGCCUUCAUCGACAACGGCCAAAGUUUCUGGUCAAGGUAUUCGGUGCUCUUAUUUUCCCCGAACAUAUUUUUGGGGAUGGGUAUCACAGGUGCCAUCAGCAGUAUGCUUGCAGACUUUGCUAUGAUUUGGCGGUGCUGGAUGGUCUGGGGACAGCGCUGGCCUGUUGUCCUGCCUCCCAUUCUAAUGCUCAUCUCUGGAAUCGUGUUCAAGCUCAUAAAUACAUACCAAGCGUACGCCACUGGCAACGACUACGUACUUGGCUUUGUCCUGUACUCAUCCUUCGUUCUGGCGACGACAAUAUUGUGUACCGCUCUCAUUAUAUACCGCAUUCUGACCGUUGGACGGGCAAGCGACGGGAUCGGCGGUGGAAUCGGCUUCUAUCGUCAUGUCAUCGAAGUCUUUGAGGUUCGUGGAGAUUGGGCAGUAUAUUAUGUUGAUGCCAUGUCCGGGAUUGUGAGGGGAAUAGCUCCGACGCUUCUUGUUGGGCGCGUUGCUGUAGGACUAUGCACGUUCGGACGAGACAUGGCAGACUAG